UCGCCGGGACCGUCUACGACGAGUUUAACCAGGGGAAGAGUGCGCAAGCGAUCGGCUUCGUCAAACCAUCAAUCCGGCAAAGAUGGGCAGUGACGAGAUAACAUUAGCGUCAAAAAUAGGUGCGUUGCGAGAGAGCGCCCUGUGUGUCGGUCCACAGAGCGAAUGAAUGAAGCGAAGGCAUGGAUGAUGGUAGGGAGCAGACUAUCAAUUGGAGGAGCUCGAAACUAUUCAGGUGCCGUCGAACCCACAAAGCCGAGAAUAGGUCCUUCCAAACGGGUGACAUGGAUAGGACUUUGGGCGGUACCUCGAUGCUGUGUUGCUGCGUCACAAAAAACGAUGUUCAUUCACGUUUUGUCUCUGGACCGCCAUGGCAUUCUGCUGGUGAAACAUGGCAUUUGCAAGAAUGCCAUCCUACGGCAGGUGCGGGGUUCUCGCUCCCAUUGGGAAAUUUCGUGGAUGUUCUUUGCUCGCCCAUUUCCCGCCCAAAACGUGGACCUCAGCUCUCAUUUGGUCAUUAUCCGACAGCUGCUCAGCGUUUCCAAUUUGUGCAACGGCGUUUUGUCAGCGAUCAAGCAUAACUCACCAUUUUGGAGACGGAGGACGCUCGGGAUUCGACUCCGCUUGUGUCGAUCGUCAGGGUUUGAGCAUGGGAUCAAGGUUGAGUGCUGUGUCUCGUAUUCGAAUGUCAGAAACUGCGGACAUACCUCCUCCGUAUAGCUAUGAGCGCACGUCGGAUGGAAGAAACUCGCAGCACUCUAAGGACGUUCCGUAGACUAAACCUCCACUAGACGCCAUGUACUCCGUAAUCAUGAGUGCAU